GCCACGAUGAUGGCGGGCCCAGAGACAGUGCUGACCGCACGUCGCGGCAUCCAGGUCAGCUACACACUGGUUUAGUCUUACAACAACUUUACAACUUAUUUCCCCAUUUUUUGACGCAUGUGUGACCUGCCGUGAACAUGCCCCAAUAAUGGCGCAGGAACAGAUCUAUUCUCUGAUUGAUGACGAUGACUCUCAUCUGAUGUCAAGGAGAUGAUGCCCUGCCCACCUUACUCAUCCCCGGGUAGCUAUGGUGGGCAUCAGAGAUACCCUCAACAGACUUUCUUUGAUGAUCAGAUCAAGGUGGAGCGUGUCAGUUUUCUAGAGGGAGGCAACUGCAGCGGUCAGUCGCAGCCAGCAAAUGUGUCCCAGCAACAGCUCAGCGUGCAGCACUCCAUCCAUCAAGCACAGGGAGGUCAGUGAGCUGACCUACGCUCAGGCCAUCCUCAAACAGGCCUCCAAGCUGACCAACUCAGGCGACCUUGACCGCUCCAGUGUCCUGAGGCUGGCCAAGGCUUACGUCACCCUGCAGCAUGGUCUGCAGUGCUGGGAGAACUUUGGCCAUCAGAGCAAAUGGUGGCCAGACUACCUGGACGGUGGCCGACUUACACUUGCUGCUCAGGAGACGAUGAACUGUUUUGUGCUGAUCAUGACGUCCCGUGGGAAUGUUGUCUACAUCUCUGAUGCUGUGGAGGCUCUGCUGGGACAUGACCAGUUAAAUUUGGUUGGACGCUCCAUAGAUACAUUGGUCCACCCUGAUGAAAUUCCUGUACUGGAGGCACAGUUUCCCAUGAUGAUUAGUUCAACAGGUCGACCUACCCUCCAGAGGUCUUUCUACAUCAGGAUGUUGAAUGCCAGAAGGUCAGGGCCACAGCACCAGAAGUUUGAACUAGUUCACAUGGUGGGACAUGUGCAGGACGUCUCACUGGCCACUGGUCAGCCUGGUCAAGGUCAGAGAGAAACCUGGCUGAUGUGUGCCUGUCGUGUCAUGAGCCCUGUCAUAGAGAAGGAAGGCAGUAGCGCCCCCUACACAGAGUGGGUCUCACACAACGCCUUGGACGGAAAAAUUAUUUACAUGGAUGCCAGGUCAUGUCAAAUAACUGGCUAUCUCCCUAACGAGGUUGUAGGUCAGUCGACCUACUGCUUCAUUCAUCAAGAUGACCAGGAACAUGUAGCGUUUAGUCACAACCAAGCUUUAAUCAAUGUGGGCGGGUCCAGCUGUACGUACAGGAUGUACCGGCGCAGCAACGACCUGGUGUAUGUCCACACCACCACACAACUGGCCAGAGACAAGCACAGCAACAAACCUAAGUUUCUCUUUUGUAUCAACCACAUUGUUGAUGAGCAGGAAGGGAAGCUGCAGGUGUCGCGCCACCAGCAGGAGCUGAUGUGGGAGAAGUCUGACCCCUCCAUCAAGUACAGCAUGACAGACAUUGAGAGGACCGUCAAAGCUCUAGAGGUGGAGGGGGUCAACUCCCCCCCACUGGUCUCCAAGGGCGGCAUGAAGAUGAGCAAGUUGACUGACAGCUGUGCUGCAGAUGGGGGGGACCUGCUGAGCAUCCACAUCCCCGCCAUGAUGCGCUACCCCCCACUGGUUGUAAAGUCAGAGAAAGAUGAAAGCUUUGACCUGUGCCAAAGGGGGGUCCAGCAGAGGGGCGGGUACCCCCAGUACCAGCAUGCGUCCCUGGCCUCACCCCCAGACUACAGACAGCAGCAGGUGUACAGCAGGCAGGGCUACGGCUCCCACCGCCCCCACUACCAGCAGCAGAUGUCCCUGCCCAACGCCAUGUGUCACAGCAUGAUCUCCAGUGGCAGCGAGGUCACCAGCCCAGCCACCAGCACUGGCUCCUUCGUGGACUAUCUGUACGACAACUCUGCUUCACCCUCUGUACCAGCUGAUGUCUUCAAUGUUGAUGACCUGUUGAGCCCAGCUAUGCCCUCGGUGGGGCGGGCACGUGGAAGGGGCAGAACUCGCGGUAGACCUAGAGGAAGUGGACGAGGAGGGAGAGGUGUGACUAGAGGGGUGCGGGGAACACGAGGCCCCCGGGGCAGCCGAGGAAGUAGGGCACGUGGACGUGGGGCCAGCUCCCAGCUGAGUGAGGUGAUGGGGGCCAUCAAGAAAUCUGAGAGCAUGGUGUCCUGUGGCAGCAUGUCCCCCAUAUCCCGCAGCAACAUGUCCCCACGCAGUAACAUGUCCCCCAUGGGCAGUGAGCACAUGUUCCCCAGCCCCAGCUCCACCCUAGGGCUCCAAAGAUCAGGAUCUCUGACCAGUAGUGGCCAAGGUCUCCAGCCUGAUGAUGUCACCUCUACUGGCCUCCAGAGGAUGAUGUCAGAUGACAUGUUCCAGAGGAUGACGUCGCUAGAUGGCAUUGACAUGCUGGACACCAGCAGCCCCAGUGAGGAGCUAAUGUCCCCGCGCUCCUGGGGCCAAGAGAGGGCCCCCAGUGCACAGGUGUCCCCCUACAGGAGCAUGCAGAGAGAGCACGUGCCAGAGAAGCGGGUGGGGAGGCCCAGGGGGAGCGGCAAGAACCAGGACAGACAACUCCACCAUUGCGCCCAGUCCAUGGACGACCCCUCCAUGAACCUGGCUGGGUUUGGCUCCAACACCCCCAUGUACGGCCAUGAGUCCAGCUACCCCGGCCACCCCAGGUACCAGAGCGGCCAUGGAGGCCGGGGAGGCAACGUCAGCUCCACCUACCAGCCCAGCGGUGGCCGGGACCAGGAUGACUUCCAAAGGUCAGAGGGUCACAUGACCGCAGACACGCAGGAUCCAGAACAUUCCAUUUUGGGAAACUUGCUCAAGGGGAGAGGUGGGUCAAGUGGUGUUAAGUCACCUGACCACAUGGUGCUGGGGCGGGGCCACUCCCUGGACAAGGGGAGGUCACCAGGCAGCCUGUCAGCCAGGUCUCCAGCUCACUCCGUCAUGUCAGACACCGCCUCGCCCGUCUUCUCCCCAGAUCCCUGCCACUCACUGCCAUCUGUCAUUAAAGAUGAACCAAUGCUGCUGUCCUCCAUGGAGGAGUCGUCCUCACAGCUCUACCCCACUAGUGUCGUACAGCAGGAAGACUUGAGUGCUGAUCAAGGGCGCCAGAAAACCCUGGCGGAGCUGCAGAUGUUCUCCAGCCAGUUGCGGCAGAAGUUCAAGUCCCUGGAGCACAGCCUGAUCCAGCAGGAGAAGGUUAUCCAGGCCCUGGAGGGCAAGCUCAAGCAGGUGCCUAAAGACUCCAACCCUGACUCCAAGUACUCCACGCUCAACUCUAAGCUGGAGAUCAUCAAGACCAUGAAGGCCAAGCAAGAACUGGAUCUGAAAGCUGUUCAGUUCCAGGAGGCUAAAGUUAGACAGCAUCAGCAGCAGCUACACCAACAGCUGCAGCAACAGCUGCAACAGAGGCAGCUACACCAUCAACAACAGCAUCAACACCUACAACAGCAUCAACCACAGCUUCAACCACAGCACCAACCGCCACAGCAUCAGCAACAACCACAGCUUCAUCAACCACAACAACAGCAUCAACAACAGCAUCAACCGCCACAGCACCAACAACCACAGCAUCAGCAACAACCACAGCAACCCCUGGAUGUACAACGUCAUCGCUUGAGCUCCCCAGCCCCUACCAACACCCGUAGGAUGGCCAUCGUGCCGCCCAUCCAGCGCCAACCUACUGAGGGCGAGACACCCCUGGGGGAGAUGAAGCCCAGCCAACAGCCUGAGCCAGACUGCAGCAAGAUGUCCUCCCCACAGUGCACAGAGGGUGGUGGCUCCACAACUCCACUGGCCCGACACAACCCGCAGCAUGUAGAGUUUGCUGGAUCUCUGAAAACCACCCCCCCUCCACCCCCGUAUGGCGCCUUUGAUGGCUCCCUGUUCUCCUCCUCCGCGCCCGGCACCCUCAGCAUCUCUGUGUCCUCCAGCAACACGUCCCUGGCCUCCCCCAUCCUCUGUGACACGUCACCAGUGUCAGUUGACGAGUCCCCAAGUUGCGCCAGCGACGCCUCCUCCGGCUACCACAGCUUGUCUCAUGCCAACGAGGCCGUGACUGGUCAGUUUGUCAAAGCUUCCUGUCUGGACAUGCCAGCCCACUCCACCUACAACCCCGCCGGCCCCCUCCUCAACUCUGGCAAGUCUCCAGAUCUCCUGCCAUCCGCACAGGUCAGCAACCAAUCACCAUCCACCUAG